GCCGUCCUGGGGAAAGCGGUCAAGACAGACGCUGCCCUGAAGAAUACAGCGCGCCCUCCCAUCCGGGCUGCUGGAGGGGUGUGGUGCGUGUGUGCGCGCGCGCGUGUGUGUGUGCUCACGCGCGUGUGUCAACACUAAUCUAGAAAAUCUCAUUAUCGUGGCGGUGAACACUUGACUAUUAAAUGAGAACGACAUGGUGGCAGAAAGGAAACGACACGCAUCCAGAGGGUGUUCCACCCUGCUGUUCAGAACACUGUGUGUUGUAAGGGACAUGGCGAAGCCUGCUGCCUGCAAAACACCAAGAAAUGCUGAAAACCAGCCCCACCAACCUCCACCGAGACUGCAUCAACAAUUUGAAAGCUAUAAGGAACAAGUGAGAAAAAUAGGGGAAGAAGCCCGGCGUUACCAGGGAGAGCACAAGGAUGAUGCUCCAACUUGCGGAAUUUGUCACAAGACAAAGUUUGCCGACGGGUGUGGCCAUCUGUGUUCCUACUGUCGCACCAAGUUCUGCGCCCGCUGCGGAGGCCGCGUAUCUCUGCGAUCCAACAACGAGGACAAAGUGGUUAUGUGGGUAUGCAAUUUGUGUCGAAAGCAACAAGAAAUCUUAACCAAAUCUGGGGCAUGGUUCUUUGGAAGUGGCCCUCAGCAGCCAAGUCAGGACGGAACCCUGAGUGACACAGCUACAGGUGCUGGCUCUGAGGUGCCCCGAGAAAAGAAAGCAAGACUGCAAGAGCGAUCACGGUCCCAGACGCCACUGAGCACAGCAGCUGCCACCUCCCAGGACACUGCUGCCCGCAGUGCGGCACAGGACAGGAGCACAGGGGUGGAGCCAUCCCCGAAGGCCCUGGGGCCGGAGCAGAAGCAGGCUUCCUCCAGGUCUAGGAGUGAACCUCCGAGAGAGAGGAAGAAGGCGCCGGGGCCCUCGGAACCCAGCGGCCGAGGGGCGCAGAGG